UCUCACCUCACCUUUAUCAUCACUUCACUCCCACACUCCCUUCCAACAUCUUUCUCCCACUUCUUCAAUCCAUCUCAAAAUGAAUACUCCUACUAUCCAUUAUUUUACAAAAAAAUUAUAAAAAAAAACUCUUAACUCUUUCCUCAACAGUUAACAAUAUUACUCUCUUAAAUAUUAGAGUUAUUUUAAAUGGACAAGACAAGGCAAUUUAAAAAUGCACAGCAGAGAAGCCAGAUGCCUGUUACUUGCUACUCAAACUUCACCCCUGUCAUCUAAGCCUUUGCUCUUCUCGUGUUUCCCAUAACGGUUACUCUUUUUCCCUCUCCUAUUUCAACACAUGCCAUGGCUUGUCUGAGCCGCCACCACCACCACCACCGCUCCUGGCUCACUUCCCCCGACGACAUGCUCCAACGCUGCCCCCUCUCCGCCCACCACCACCGUCUCCGCGAUGAUGACGCCGAGCCUAUCUACCUUCCCUCUCUCUCCUCCGCCUACCGCAUCUUCCCCGUCUACGCCAUGGGCGCCCCCGACCCGAUUUGGAAGGCCGUCAGGGACGAAGCCAAGCUCGAGGCGGAGAAGGAGCCGAUUCUGAGUAGCUUCUUGUACGCUAGUAUUUUGGCGCAUGAUUGCUUGGAGCAAGCAUUGGCGUUUGUGGUGGCCAACCGUCUCCAAAACCCUACUCUCUUGGCCACUCAGCUUAUGGAUAUCUUCUGUCUUGUCAUUUUGCAUGACAAAGCUAUCCAGCGAUCCAUUCGCCUCGAUGUUCAGGCAUUAAAAGAUCGUGACCCUGCUUGUUUGUCGUAUUGCUCCGCGCUUUUGUAUACGAAGGGUUAUCAUGCUCUGCAAGUACAUCGGGUAGCUCAUGCAUUGUGGCACCAGGGACGCAAAGUCUUGGCCCUGGCUUUGCAAAGCCGUGUUAGUGAGGUUUUUGGAGUGGACAUUCAUCCAGCUGCGAAAAUUGGGGAGGGGAUUUUAUUAGAUCAUGGGACAGGUGUGGUUAUUGGUGAAACUGCUAUUGUUGGAAACAGAGUUUCACUGAUGCAUGGCGUAACAUUAGGAGGCACGGGGAAGGAAAUAGGUGAUCGUCAUCCCAAAGUAGGUGAAGGGGCACUAAUUGAAGCUAGUGCAACUAUACUUGGGAAUAUAAAGAUUGGUGAAGGUGCCAUGAUAGCUGCGGGUUCCCUGGUGUUAAAAGAUGUCCCUCCCCACUGCAUUGCAGCAGGAAUACCAGCUAAAGUUAUUAGUGCUCUACAGGAGCAUGACCCAUCUUUAACCAUGAAGCAUGAUGCUAGUAAAGAUCUUUUCACACAUGUAGCUACUAAUUUCAUAGAUGAAAAGCCCAAUGGAGCUCAGAAUCCCGAUAGAAAUGAAGUUAACAAUUGAGAGGUUCGACAGCAUAGAUCUCAUUUGGCAUUCAUUGCCUUCAAAAGAAGAAUCAAAGGAAGGAUGAUGUUAUAAUUAAUAUUAGAAUCAGGAUCAGUUCAAAACGAUAAUGUGGAUUUCGUAUACCAAUGGUAUUUUAUAGUUUACAUAAUAACAAUUUAUGCUGCUAAGGCUGAGUGCUGGGGUUUUUGCACCAGUAUAGCAAAUUUCUGUAGACAAACUUAGAAGCAGAUGCUACUUUAUCUAAGCUUCUGCUUUUUAACUUCUUUUUUUGUCCUAGUAAACAUUGUGGGAGGAGGGAGGAUAUUCGAUCUAGUAUUUAGCUCUUCAAAUAUAUAUAGUUAAUUUUGAUUUCUGCCAUUGCA